GGGAUUAACGUUGUACGCAGUUGUAAUGUGUGACGCAGUCUGGAGUCUAGGACUACAUUUCCCAGAAGCCCUCGACUGUCGCGAGCCAAAGGUGCGUGUCUGCAUGUCGCCCCCUGAUGGCGGCAGUGAGUAACUACUGGAAGGCGAGCUCGACCAAUCAGAGCUGCGGCCGUAGGUCAUGUGACUGGAUGGCCGCCGCCAUGUUUGUUAGUGGCAGUGAAGCCUGAGUGAGGAGGAGGAGGAGCAGCUGCGGAGGCUCGGUCCGCGGGAGUCCGGCUCAGAGUGCUUGUUGUCCGGGGAGAGUCAUGGUCCAGACGUGCUCAGCCUACGGAUGUAAGAACCGGUACCACAAAGACAAAGAUGUCUCCUUCCACAAGUUUCCUCUGGCGCGUCCAGAUGUGUGUGGGAAGUGGGUGGCAGCGAUGAGGAGGAACAACUUCAAACCGACGAAGUACAGCAACAUCUGCUCCGCGCACUUCACCGAGGACUGCUUCAAGAGGGAGUGCAACAACCGCGUGUUGAAGGAGAGCGCCGUGCCGUCCCUGUUCAGCUUCAGCCUCAGCAUCAAGUCGGAGGCCCUGGAGACUCCGUUCCCCUCGGAGAUCCACUUCCCUCUCUCUCUGCCGCUGACCUCUGACCCGGUGGAGGAGGAGGCGGACCCUGAGCCUGGGAGGAGCCUGCCCGACACCAUGGUGGUGUCCUGCGACCACAACUACACGGCGGAGGACUCGGUGAGGCAGAAGAGGCGCAUCGAGCAGCUGGAGGAUCAGCUGGAGCGUCUGAGGAAGAAGCUGAAGACCACGCAGCAGAAGUGUCGGCGGCAGGAGCGACAGCUGAAGAGGCUGAAGGCCGUCUGCAAGGGGCCCCGGGCCCCAAGGGAGGGGGCCGCCGCCAUGGGCGAGGGAUACGUGAUUCUACCCAAACAAAUGUACCAGACACUCCGAGGCAUCGAGUGAUGAGGAGACGAGCUCAGAUGAAGCUUUGGAUUGUGCUGCAGGUUCAGGUUCAGGCCUGUGAGCAGGAGCUGGAGGAGUCCAGGGUUCAGAACCAAGCAGGAGCUGGAGGAAACCAACUCUUCACUCUUCACACUGGGGCACUGACUCCAGGAAUCACAGACUGUCAAUGAAGAUGGACGACAGGACUGCUCCCUAAAGUGAAGCCAAAGCCUCUCUAUCACCCCCUGGUGUCUGGCUGCAGUAUAGCUCAUAAACCUCUUCCAUGUUAGCAGAUGGGACAUGAACCAAACUAAGAAAUCAAAGUAGACGUUAAAUAAAUGUUUGUAAAGAUGUUUCUGUCAUUUCAGCUUGUUCUUAUCUCUGAGGUUUGUUCAAGUUUCUGCACAGUCAUCACCUCAAGAUGGCCGCGUUUGUAUCUGAGACAUUUGGACUUAACUUUGAGAUCUUCAUUUACAGUUUGAUCUUCAUUUACAGUCUGAUCUUUAUUUACAGUCUCCAGGGCCUUUACACAUUAAAGUGUGAUGUCACUCUGAUCUGAUCCUUUAUAGACGUUGUUGGAUCUGCAGAUGGUUUUAGACGAUGUAAAACCUGCAGACUUUGCUCCGGGAACUUUCCCAUGAUCCUCAGUGAUAUGGAUCCAACAAUACAGAAUAAUAUAAACAUGAAAUACUAGAGUCCCCUUUGAAGACGUUCGUGUUUUUCUGUCCAAAGCCUCAGGACUUGUCUGUUGCUCCAGUUUGAUGAAAUAAACGUAGUUCAGGUCUCA